AGCAGCAGCAGCAGCAGCAGCAGUGUGGCAGUAGCAGUGACUUGGCUCAGGCAUCAGGCAGCCUCUGAGUGACAUUCUGCUUCAAAUUGGCUGAGAGGUAGUUCAUCCAGCUCAGCUCACACUGGGAGGAAAAGUUCUCUCCUGUCCUCUUUCUUUGGCUCCGGAGCAGAUUCUACUAAUUUAUGAAUGACUGAGGAUAGAUGCUCUGCAACUUGAGGAUACUUUUUUCAUCUGGAUGCACGGUGGCUGUGUUAGAUGACGAGGGGGAAUGUGAUGCCGUACUCUGCAGCCUCUUGAACGGGGAUGACCGAAGCCUACUGGUGUCCACCCUCCUCUUACUCUUCGUCCGCUUUCUCCUCUGCCUCUGUGCUCACACUUUUUACCUUUCGGACCCUUCUGGCAUGCGAGGGUCAAGUCAGCUGGAUUUUCCCAUCCACCUCAAUCCUCUCUCCAACUGUGUUGUGAUCCUGUUCCUCAGCGCACACUUGACCUGAAGGCUUCCUAGGCAAAACAAAAGGAUUAACCAUGAAUUCUGCUCUCACCACGAGACACAAUGCACCCUUAAACAGACGACUGUGAGAUCUGAUAAAAGUCAACUAAGAUCUUCCUGAAAAUGACGAAUCCAAACACUCUUGUCAUGGUUGGAUGCUAAUAAACACAAAGGAUCAUGGAAGGAGAGAGUGUACUGAACUCUACUGUAAAUACCAGCUCAAUGGAUAUCCAUCUGGUCCCUCACAGUCUCUGGGAGGUGAUCACCAUUGCAACUGUGUCGGCCAUAGUCAGCCUCAUCACCAUUGUAGGGAAUGUUCUGGUGAUGCUCUCCUUUAAGGUCAACAGCCAGCUAAAGACAGUGAAUAAUUACUACCUGCUGAGUUUGGCAGCCGCUGACCUCAUCAUAGGUGUUUUCUCAAUGAAUCUGUAUACCUCGUAUAUACUGAUGGGCUACUGGGCCUUAGGGAACCUUGCCUGUGACCUGUGGUUGGCGGUUGACUAUGUAGCCAGUAAUGCCUCAGUGAUGAAUCUGUUGGUGAUCAGUUUUGACAGAUAUUUUUCCAUCACCAGACCUCUGACCUACAGGGCCAAGCGGACACCAAAACGAGCUGGGAUCAUGAUAGGUUUGGCCUGGCUGGUGUCACUUAUUCUGUGGGCCCCACCAAUUCUCUGCUGGCAAUACUUUGUAGGAAAAAGGACCGUUCCUGAGAGGCAAUGCCAAAUCCAGUUUUUCUCUGAGCCUGUGAUAACCUUUGGGACUGCGAUUGCUGCCUUUUAUAUUCCUGUAUCAGUCAUGACAAUCCUAUACUGUCGAAUCUACAAGGAGACAGAGAAGAGGACCAAAGAUCUGGCAGAGCUGCAGGGGAUUAACUAUCCCACAGACACUGGGGUCCCUCAGCCUCAGAAGACCAUUAUCAGAUCCUGUUUCAGCUGUAAAUUAAGGUCGGCUUCGAAUGACAGGAAUCAAGCCUCUUGGUCCUCCUCCAGCAGAAGCAAUGUGGCCAAAUCAGCAGCCGCCACCAAUGACGAGUGGUCGAAAACUGGUCAGCUGACCACCUUCAACAGUUAUGCCUCGUCCGAGGAUGAGGACAGGCCUGUGUCUCCAGGGGGCUUCCAGCCCUCUUUUAGGAACCAGGCUUGUGAGACCAUCAAGAGUGGAGUGGGCAGUGAGAGCGAGCAACUCAGCAGCAGCUAUGAAGAGAAUAGCUUCUUCCAGACACCACCUAAAAGCAACUCUCAGAAGAGCAGCAAGUGUGUAUCCUACAAGUUCAAGCCUGUGGCCAAAGACGCUCACGUGGAGCAGCACAGCAAAAACGGAGACACCAAAAUGGCGUCAUCAACGUUCUCCUCGGCUGAGUCCAUGAGCAUCCCGUCCACCUCCUCCACAUCGAAGCCCAUAGACACCACACUGAAGAACCAGAUCACCAAGAGGAAGAGGAUGGUGCUGAUCAAGGAGAGGAAGGCAGCUCAGACUCUUAGUGCCAUCUUGCUGGCCUUCAUCCUAACAUGGACGCCUUAUAACAUUAUGGUGCUUAUUUCCACGUUCUGCUCCGACUGCAUUCCCCUCUCACUCUGGCAUCUGGGCUACUGGCUGUGCUACGUUAACAGCACCGUCAAUCCCAUGUGCUAUGCCCUUUGUAACAAGACUUUCCAAAAGACCUUCCGUAUGCUCUUACUUUGCAAGUGGAAGAAGAAAAGGAUUGAGGAGAAACUAUACUGGUAUGGACAAAACCCUGCAGUCAGCUCCAAACUUACAUGAACUUUUAUUUUUUUUAAGAUAGUAUAUGAUGAUGGUUGUAAAUUAUAUGUUUGUAUUGAUAAUCUUGGCUUUAUGAACUUGAAUUCAACACAAUAUCAAAGUAACAGUAAGACACUAAAGUAAAACACUAUAUCAAGGAGUUGGUACAAUUUAUAAUGUUGCUCCUUAAUCAGUAGGUCUGCUAUAGUGUAUAUUAAUUAUUGCUCAAACUUUGGAAAUGGAAGACUUUAUAAAAUUGUCCUAACAUAAUCAGUGACACUGUAAAUAGAUUCUAAAAUAUUAAAGAUGCCAGUAUUUGUCCUCAAAAUUGAUGCUCUCAUGCCACCGAUUAACACACAGAUUAUGGUAUAAUGCACUGUAUUUGCACUCAAUAGGAUGCACAGUUUGAUAUCCGGAGCAUAAGAAACUUGCUCUAUUCUAAUAAUUGACACUGUAUAUUUGUGUAAAAGCAUUAGAAAUUGCCAGUAUCCUCCCCCAAGUUGAUGCUCUUACACACAAAAUGUAAUGACACAUGCAGUUUUAUUCUGUAGGUAUUGUGUUUGUAUUGAUAAUGCACAUUUGAAAUGGCUAUUUUAUUUUGAAGGGCUAAUAAAUGUCGUCCUGAUGUCAGAAUCUGCUUGCUAAGUCAAGAUUGUAACUUGAUGAUAAUCAAAGCCUUUUCACACGUGCCAAUGUAAUUUGUCAGAUAAGUGAAUAUAAAUUAAUCUUUGUUGUUUUCACAUUACACAUUCUGCAUUUUCUGUUCUGCAAAAUCUCAGCGGACAUUAAAGAGUAAUGAUUCCACAAAUUAAAAGACAAAAAUUAAUAAAUAACCCCAAACGGAACCCUACAAAGCCUUCGAACUAAAAGGCUCACACAUUACAUUACAUGACAAACUUGCUAAACAAUGUCAGUGUUUACAAUAGGAACAGUGUGGAGGAUAUAAGAGUACACACUGUUUAUUAUAGUCUGUUUAUUAGUCUUCAUCCUCAGGAUAUUUUCUUUUUUCUUUGAGCAUUGAAAUACAGUACUUGUUUUCUCUGAAUUACUGUAGUGAAAUCAAUAUGUCAUCUCUUCAUUGUAUUUCUGGCAAACUUGUAAUGUACUGUGGCAAAUAAAAUGCUGUUUGUAAAAUGUUCCUCUGUGUAAGCAUUGGAUGGGAGAUGACAUGCAAAAAAAAUAUAUAUUUUACAUGUGUCAUAAGCUAUAAUGUCAUGAAACACUUGUUCGUAACUGUGAUAAACCAGAAAUAUGCACUUGCAAUUUGGGGAAUGAUGAGAUGCUUUGCUUCAUGUAUUGACAUAGUGAACGAUGGAAACUAAAACCGUAUUGCAUUUUUUAUACUGUGUUAUUUUUUUGUUCAUUUCAGUAUUUUGUGAUCAUGUCCAUGCAUUUCUGAAUAAAACAUGGUAAAUUGAA